UGUUUGCGGCCGCUGGGGAGGGCCUCCAGGAAGCCCCUGGCAAUGCCCCCUGUCCCACUUCCCACGGAGGCAGAGCGGCUGCGGCCUUGGACAACGCGGAGGCGCGGGAUGAAGGCGCUCACGGCCGUGCUGCUGGCCCUGCUGCUGUGCGGCCGGCCAGGGGGCGGGCAGGCGCAGGACGAGGGGGCAGACGAGGAGGACCCGAGGCAGGAGGGCUACGACGAGGACGACGAGGAGGACGAGGAGGACGAGCAGGACAAGGCUGCAGGCGGCAGGGGUGCAGGCCUGCGGUGUUACUCCUGCCAGUCCCUGCACCGCGGGGAGGGCUGCGGCCUGCGGCAGAACUGCAGCUCCAGCCACGCCUUCUGCAAGACCAUCCUCUCCCACGGGGACACUGAGUCCGGACCCCUGACCACCUACUCUGCGUGGUGUUCGGACACGUGCCGCCCCAUCUCCAGGACCGUGGCCGGGACCCUGAUGACCGUGGUGUGCUGCCAGUCGGCGCUGUGCAACGUCCCGCCCUGGCAGGGCCAGCCGGGGGCGCGGCGGGGGCGCCCCAGGGGAGCCCCGCGGCUCUGGCCGCCGGCCUCCUGCUCAGCUUCCUUUUGGUCCUCGGCUCGUGGGGCCCUGAGGUGCCCCGCCCCGGCUGCCCCUGGCCGCCACGUGAAUAAACCUGCGGCGGCCCCGCCGGCCCGAGCCCCUCCCAGCCCCCGCUGCUCUUCCUCCGUUUCCCCGUCUGGCACCUUGAUUUCCUCUCCCCAGCAGCUGGUGGCCCUCCCGCCCCUGCUGCCCCUGGAGGCCGGGGCUCAGGAGCCACUGGGCUGA